AUGGCCUACAACUCGCGCAUGUCGAUAAUGCCGACCGCGCAGCAGCAGUCGCGGUCGCGCAAGAAGGAGGAGGAGGCGGCCUACGCCAACAUGCGUCUGCCCGACCGCGAGAUCGUCGGCUGUAUCAACGAGCUCGGCAUCCCCUUCACCAUCGCCGACCUCCAAAAGCCGAAUCCCAUACAAGUGCAGAUGAUAUUCGAGUGGUUUGGCGAGCUACUCAUGAACAAGACACGGCAGACAGUCGACCCGGCCAUGCGCGCCGCCGCUGAGGACAUCUGCGGCGACUUUGGCGACUCGCUGAUGCCGCCCGACACGCGCAACCUCAUGGGCUUCUUCGUCUCGCUGCGCCGCCUGAUGCUCGAUUGCGGCGUCAACGACUUCAACUUUAUGGACAUGUACAAGCCGACCCACGACCGCCUCGUCAAAAUAUUCAGCUACGUCAUCAACUUUGUGCGCUUCCGCGAGAGCCAGACGAGCGUCAUCGACGAGCACUGCAACCGCGCCGAGAGCACCAAGGCCCGCAUCGAGCAGUUGUACGCCGAGAACCAGAACAUGGAGGCCCAGCUGGACGAGAUGCGCGCCAACAGGAGGCAGAUGGAGGUGCUGGUGAGCGAGAAGACACGGCGCAACGAGGAACUCAAGAGGAGGUUGUUGGAGUUGCGGCGGACACAGGAGAAGGUGGCAGCCCGGUUGGAGGAUGCGAAGACGAAGAAGAACGAGCUUGCUCUCGAGCUGGAGGAGAAAACGGCGGCCAAGCUGGCACUCAAGCAGGAGAGCGCUAAACUCCGACCAUACACGCUGCAGAGUCCUUCGGCGCUUCAAGCGAGCCUGACAGAGCUGAGCAACACGCUCAACAACGACAAGUCACAAAUCGACUCGCUCGAUCGGCGAGCACGCGCCUUGCAGACCUCAACCGACUCCUUUACGGUAGUCUGCAGCGACGUAGCCUCGUGCAUCAAACUGCUAGAGGAGAUUGCAGUCGAGCUUGCCAAGGAAGAGGAGGACAACGCUAGAAACGCAAAGCAGCGGGACGCGCUUACGGAACGCGGGGCCAACGUGCGCGAGGUUGAGCGGACCGAGGCUCUCCUCCAGCGGCAGUUGGCCAAGUGGACGGAGCGGACCGAGACGCUGCGGGCGCAGAGUCAGGAGAAGGCGCAGCGGGCUAAGGAGAAGAUGGAGGAGCUGCGGGUGGUGCACAAGAAGCUGACCGAGGAGCGAUCCGAGAAGGGCAAGGAUAUCGAGCGGAGGAGGGUGAGGAUUGAGCAAAUUGAGAAGAAGAUGCUCGACCUCAAGGAGAACAUCGAGAACGAGGUGCACGCAGCACACGACGAGUACCUCAAGAUGGAGGCGCACAUCAAGCUGUACAUCACCGAGAUGGAGCAGGCCAUCUGA